AUGAAAGCCGUUAUCAUCGAAGAUGUGGGCAGAUCAGGGGUCAAAGAAAUACCUGAGUUGACCUUACGUCCAGGUUACAUUAAGGUCAAAACAGUCGCAGUCGCUAUAAACUCCACCGAUUUCCAUCACACUGCCGGCGCAGGGCCUAUUGGUGGUAUUUUAGGCUGUGAUUUUUCUGGGGUCGUGGAAGAAGUUGACAAAGACUGCAAGAGCAGCGUGAAAAAAGGCGAUAAAGUCUAUGGUGCCUGUCAUUGUGCUAAUAGUAACAACCCGCUAAGUGGGUCAUUUGCAGAAAUCGUCUUAGUGAGAGAGGGACAUCUGGCAAAGAUUCCCGAGCACCUUAGCUUCGAAGAAACUGCAACAUUGGGUGUGGGAAUUACAUCUGUGGGACAAUCACUUUACAUGACGCUGAAACUUCCGCUUCCCAUUGAGCCUACUAAUCAUCCAUUUUGGAUUCUCAUAUAUGGCGGGAGUGGUGCUACUGGAAGUCUGGCAAUCCAAUUCGCGAAACUCUCGGGCUUGAAAGUUGUUACUACAGCAAGCCCAAAUAACUUUGAGUUUGUCAAGUCGCUCGGAGCUGACGCAGUAUUUGACUACCAUGAUCCAGAUUGUGCUAGAAACAUUCGCGAAUGCACCCACAAUUCGUUGCAAUAUAUACUCGACACCAUUUCUGUGGAAUCUAGCUUCAAGAUCUGUGCUGAUUCCUUUCCCGCCCAGGCAGAAGAGGGAGUUGAGUUGAUGUUGGUAACGUUGCUACCAGCGGAUGAAUUUCCUAGAAAGGACGUUAACGUCCAAGUGGUUUUGGCUUACACAACUUUUGGAGAAGCGUUUUCGAAGUUCGGGACCGACUUCCCUGCUAUCGAAGAACAUUAUAAAUUUGGGGUGAUGUUCUGGAAGAUGGCCGGAGAGCUCUUAGCGGAGGGAAAAUUCAAGCCACAUCCAGCGAUUAUUAUGGAGGGUGGACUUCAAGGAGUUCCUGCAGGAAUUGCCAAAGUGUCGCAUGGUACAAUCAGUGCUGCCAAGUUAGUAUAUCGAGUCGCAGAAACUCCAGACUCGCCAUCGACAAAGUCUAACGAUGAUCAUGAACUGAGAGGGCCUGUCAUCCACAGCUGGUAA